CGUAACCGUGGCUACUCCCUUCUAAGCUACACAAUACACAUAGCCACUGGAUCGUGAAUUUUUAAGGUAUUGCUCACGAUGUGAACUUUAAGCUGAAUUCGAACCAAAAUAUGAAGAAAUAGUUUCAUACCGUAGAUUUUGUGGAUUUAUACAUUGACGCACAGUAAAAAAAGAAUUUAAUUUCAUAAGAGACAUGGAGGUUUCACAAGCCAUCUUUUCCGGAGUAGUGCUUUUUCUUACAUUUAUUUAUAUUGAUGCCCAAACCAUUUGCACUCCGUCCAGUCUUGGUGCAGACAAUUACAUUGGAAAUAAGCGGGGCGUGAGUGCAUUGAGCUUUGGAAUGUUAAAAUCUAUUAUACUUGAUGACUACAUUCUGCCAGCUGGGAAACUUACAAAAUUCGAUUUUUCAACGUCAUCGACAUCACCAGGAGUGAAAUUGCAGAUCUGGAGACCUAUAGAAGGAUCAUCUGUGUCGUUUAGACUCGUACACGAAACUGUUCCAGCAAUCACCACAGCUGGGCACUUAACAGUUGAUCCAGAUAGCGUCUUCUACGUAGCAAACUGCGAUAGGAUCGGUUUCACAAACAUCGCCGAAGCAAGUGCUAUUUCUCAUACAUUCGCCCCUGAUCAAGUGGGGAGUAUAGCUAGCGUCUUUGAACACAGUGGCACCGUCCCUGUGGUAGGACAGGAGGUGGUAUUCAAUGUUGGCUCCUCUGAUUCCCGAGCAUUUGCUAUUAAAGUACAGGUUAACACAAGUUCCCAAGACCCCCUCAAAGGUCCACCUGGACCUCCUGGAGAUAUUGGUCCCCCGGGUGAAAAGGGAGAUGUCGGAGAGCCUGGAGCAAAGGGAGAAACUGGUGCGAAGGGGCCAACUGGCACGCCUGGAACAAAGGGAGAAUCGGGCCUAAAGGGUGAAACGGGUCAACCUGGUUCAAAAGGAGACCAAGGGGCACGCGGAGACCAAGGACCGUCAGGCGAGAAAGGUGAAGCUGGGACCCCCGGUGAUCCUGGCCAGAAGGGCGAUCCCGGUGCUCAGGGACCACAAGGGAUUCAAGGGCCUAAAGGAGAGGCUGGAGCUGAUAGUGGUCCACCUGGAUCUCCUGGCGAUACUGGCCCCAAGGGGGAGAAAGGUUCACUUGGUGAACGAGGAGAAACAGGAGAACCAGGCGUUAAAGGUGCUGAUGGAGAUACGGGUGCAAAGGGUAUCAAAGGUGAUUCUGGUGAGCCGGGUGACCCAGGAGCAGCAGGACUCAAGGGUGACGUUGGUCCUCAAGGUUCGAAAGGAGAACCUGGUCCACUUGGACCUGGUGCAUAUGAUACAGAUGAAUGUGAAGUAAACAAUGGUCUCUGUCGACAGACCUGCAUCAAUACAUUCGGAAGUUAUCAUUGUGAGUGUGACCCUGGGUGGAAGCUAGACUCAAAUGGACUCACUUGUUCAGAUAUAGACGAGUGUGCUUCAGAUAAUGGAGGAUGCGAACAGACAUGCACAAACACUGUUGGGAGUUUCCAGUGCUCUUGUAGCGAUGCAUUUAGGUUAGCUAACAACAAGCUCAGUUGUAAUGAUUUCAACGAAUGUAGCAGCGGCAAUGGUGGUUGUAGUGGAACCCAGACAUGCGCAAACACUAUCGGUUCUCGUCUUUGUCUUGAGAACGGUGGUUCCACCACAGGUGGGCAAGCAGGUGCAUUGGGCAACAUCAUGAGUGGUGACCUUGUUUUCGGCCUCCUCAUAUGGGCAGGGAUACUAACUCUCUUGGUCUUCAUACUCAUCAUUCUCGUGUGUGUCAAAUGGUGUGAGAACAAACGAAGGGAAAAGAUGUUGAGACAAUACUACAGGCAAGAUGCCAUGGAAGUUAAAUCGAACUUCAGCGACCCAUACAGCGAUGGAAACCACCCAGGAUUUACCCUUCCUCGUCUCAGUAUUGAUAAACGAUGAACGCUUAAAACUUUACUUUUUAUUAUUUAUCUGGACUACGACCACAUUUCCCUUCCGAAAGUUUGGUAUAGCCCAGUGACUGCUGAUCAACACGAGAACCAACAAUUAUUGAAUGAGUUCCAUAAAUGAAUGACUGAUGAAUCAAAAUAAAACAAUAUUACAGUGUUUUUGUUCUGAAAUUUCAAAAUGGUGGUUGUUUAUCUGGUGAAGGCAGAUAACCCUUACAAGGUUGUCGCCAGGAUUUGAAAUUAGGAGCUGAAAGUAUAAUAUAGAGGACGAGGCAGAUGGCUUUAUAUAACUAUCUUUGGACUUUCUUCAGGUCCCUGUUUCAACAUACAACGGUUUUAGUUCCUAACGUCUAAAAAUAAAGUGGCCAUAAAGUCGCUUUAUACUUUACACAGAUUUUGUAUUGUAAUCGUAAAGAGACGUUAUGGACACCAUGUAUAUUUCUGUAAAUUGUUGCACUGGUGAGGCAACUUGCCUCCUCUGUAUUGUGCCUGACUUCGCCCAUGCCUUUUAUUUUGAUGUGUCCCGAUUGCUGCCUUGUACUGUAGUAUAGUGUAAAUUGUAAAUAAGUUAAUUAUAUUCUGUGGUUGAGUGAUAGGCAUACCUGGAAAUACAAGAUAUGGAACCCAAAAAGAUUCUUAUAAUAUAUACUGUAUAAUCGUUAUACAAGGUGUAUACAAACCACACACUUACAAUAUUGAAUAUAAUAGAUGAUAUUGAUGUAUAAUAAAAUAUUUAAUAUCGUAUAAUAUGAUAUGAUACACCAGUGAUAUGGCAUGCCAUUAAUUAUAUAUGAUUUUUCUAAUUAUUAUUCAAUAUAGGUCACCAAAAUCUAUAUUAGAAUCUUCGUUUACAACGAAAAAUAUAAAUAUAAAAAAAAUAUAUUUUUUCAAUGUUUUAUUGUUUAUAG